GGCAUGCGCAGUUAGAAAAAAUCGUAGCCCUGAAAAAUUUCGGAGAGCAGGUCUGUCUGCCAUUUUAUACGUACGUGAUCUCUCUUCACCCAGAGCAAAGAAUCGAGCCAUGUCUGCCGUGUGCGUGCUGGAAGGCUCCGUGAAAGGAACCAUUUAUUUCACUGCCACUGGUGACGGUAAGAAGACAAAGGUCACGGGGUCGGUGACGGGACUAAAGCCGGGGAACCACGGGUUCCACAUCCACCAGUUUGGCGACUACUCUGCUGGCUGCGUGAGCGCAGGGCCUCACUUCAACCCGGCGGGGAAGGAGCACGGAGGACCUGCGGACGCAGAGAGACACGCCGGAGACGUCGGAAACAUCGUGGCAGACGGGACGGGCACUGCCACCAUCGACAUCACGGAUGCUCAGAUCCCUCUGUCUGGACCAGACGGCAUCAUUGGACGCAGUGUCGUGGUUCACGCUGAUGAUGAUGAUCUGGGACAAGGGGGUCACGAGGACAGCAAGACCACGGGCCACGCAGGGGGUCGUCUGUCUUGUGGGGUCAUUGGGCUCGCCAAGGCUAAGUAG